AUGCAGCAGCAGCAGCAGCAGCAGCAGGAGGAGGAGGAGGAGGAGGAGGAGGAGGAGGAGCAGCAGCAGGAGGAGGAGGAGGAGGAGGAGGAGGAGGAGGAGGAGCAGCAGCAGUAUACCCACCUCCCCACCUCCCCCACCAGCAACACCACACAACCACAAAACCAACCACAAAAGCCAACGGUACAGAUCGGCGCCUCCCGUGCCGCCACAUGCCGUUAUCUAUCCCGUUGA